AUGGCGCCUGGUCGGCGGGAGAUUCGUGCGUGGCGCAAGGAGCACGACGUUGGCAAUCGUCGUGUCAGCGCAACCUCCAGCCAAGACGUCGCCGCUCCCAGUGGCAAUGUCCCGUUCGAAGAACUACUAGCCCGAGAGCUGCGUAAAUCAGAAGGAAUUAACACUAAAACGUCAGUGUCAACAAGCUCUAAGGUGUCGAAGAAGCCUUUUCUCAAGAAAGGAGCCCGUGGCUGGUGGAUGCGGCAACCAGAUGCUAAGCAGAAGGUAGUUAAACACACGCUCGUGUCCAAGGGAGAAGAAGAAAAGACUAUCAGUAGGACAGCUUCAGUGACUCAGAAGAGGCAACCAACGCAACAGCAGAGAAGGAGAAGGCCCUCGUCCGCCUCGUCAUCGAAAACGUUGUCUCCAGUCGCGACACCGACGCAGCAGAUUCGGACUGCCCCAACACCGUCACAGACGCUUUCACCACCAGUGUCGCCGAUUCGACGGAAACAAUACAGUAAUCAAGUUGAUAAUGACGUAGACGAAAAGCUGCAGAGGAGGCAGCAGAAUGAAGAUUUUGCAUCGUGGAAGAACGCAUCAUUCCGCUCUACAACGAGUACUGACAUGGGCUUGAGAACUGUGCGGCAAUCGUACGAGGCAAAGCAGCAACGUGAAGCCAAUGAGAUGGCAGAGUUCGAGGCGAUUGAGCGGGAUCUGGCGGCAGAGAAAGACGCAUACUUGAAGGAGAAGCAGCAGCAAGAGGACCGACAAGAUCAGGUGGACGAGAUGCCGAGCUAG